AUGGGAAUUGCAUUGAUCUGGUGUUUAGGUCUGAUCCUUAUCAGAUGGAUUACUUCUAAGAGACGUGGAGCAAUUUCCUAUGACAGCUCUGAUCAGACUGCGUUGUACAUUCGUAUGCUAGGAGAUGUGCGAGUAAGAAGUCGGGCAGGAUUUGAAACAGAGAGAAGAGGUUCUCAUCCAUACAUUGAUUUCCGUAUUUUUCACUCAAAUUCUGAAAUUGAGGUGUCUGUAUCUGCGAGAAAUGUGAGAAGGCUGCUUAGUUUCCAGCGAUACCUGAGAUCUUCCCGUUUUUUCCGUGGUAUCACUGUUCCGAAUUCUUCAAACAUUUUAGAUGAUGAUUAUAAUGGACAAGCAAAGUGUAUGCUGGAGAAGGUUGGAAAUUGGAAUUUUGAUAUUUUUCUUUUUGAUAGACUGACAAAUGGAAACAGUCUAGUCAGCUUAACCUUUCAUCUGUUUAAUCUUCAUGGACUAAUUGAACACUUCCAGUUAGAUACGAUGAAACUUCGUAGAUUUUUGGUUAUGGUUCAAGAAGAUUACCACAGUCAGAACCCUUACCAUAACGCAGUUCAUGCUGCUGACGUGACUCAGGCCAUGCACUGUUACUUAAAAGAGCCCAAG